AUUAACCUGGACUACAUCACGGAGCGCAUCAUCACCGUAUCCUUACCUCACGCAUGCCCAGACCAGACCUACCUCCAGAACCUGCGUGAGAUCACACAGAUGCUCAAAUCCAAACAUGGCCACAACUACAUGGUGAGGAAUGGAGGGGCUGUAGUGCACUAAAAGUGGUAGAGUCUGCCUCAUAACUGAUCUAUACCUCCAUCCUCAUCACUGUCUUCCUCAUCUUCCUCUUCUCCCUCUUCCCUCUAUCCGUAGUUAAUGAGCGACAGAAAAAAUGGUCUAAAAUGUGUGUUUUAUUUCCCUAGGUGAUCAACCUCUCAGAGAAGAAUGAAAGCCUGACCCAGAUGAACCCCAAGGUGAAAUUAAUACUGUAGCUAUUGCCUCUCUGUGUGUACUACUCAAGACCACUGAGCUAAAGCCUAGCUUGGGGAGCUAACACAAGCCUUCAGAUCUCAAGAAAGGUUAUUAAUCAAGGUUACUGUGUGUGUGUGUGCGUGUGUGUGUGUGUGUGUAUGUGUGUGCGUGUGUGUGUGUGUGUAUGUGUGUGGUGUAUGUGUGUGUGUGUGUGUGUGUGUUGUCUCAGGUGUUGGACACGGGCUGGCUAGACCUGCUGGCCCCGUCCAUGGAACAGAUGUGUGGUGUGUGUAAGACCAUGGAAAAUUGGCUCCACUCACACACACAGCAUGUUCUGGUCAUGCACUGCCGGGUAGGAAUCACAUACACACACACACACACACACACACACACACACACACACACACACACACACACACACAUACACACACACACACAAAGAAAAAGUAAACACACAUAUUAUUAUUACCAUGGUCACCCUUUAUUUGGCUAGUCUAUCUGUAGAUGCUCUACAGACUAUCAGUAAUAUUUCAACUAACUAUCUACAAACCCUAACCCUAACCCUAGCCCUAACCCCUAACCCUUACCCUAACCCUAACCCUAACCCUAACCCUAGCCCUAACCCCUAACCCUUACCCUAACCCUAACUCUAACCUUAACCCCAACCCUAACCUUAAACCUAAACCUAAACCUAACCCUAACUCAUAAACCUAACCCUAACCCCUAAGCCUAAAAUACAGUAUUUACAAGUGCGGACCGGCAAAAUGUGCUCACUUCUCUGAAUUUCUGUUUGUUUACUAUUCUUGUGAGGACUUCUGGUACUCCCAAGUAUAGUAAAACAUGUACACGUACGCACACACACACACACACACACACACACACACACACACACACACACACACACACACACACACACACACACACACACACACACACACACACACACACACACACACACACACAGGCUUAUUAGACACUCCCAACAUUUCUACCUCUCCUUGCUCUUCUUUUGACCUCCUGACCUGUGUCUUGGCUCCGGCCCCUACAGGGUGGUCAAGGCAGAGUCGGGGUGAUGGUGGCCUCCUACAUCCACUUCAGCAGCAUAUCAACC